UGAAAUAGGGAAAGGGGACAGAGCUGGGGUGAUCUAUGGGGUAGUUGCUCGCUGAAAGGAGGGGCUAGGCUGGGAGGGGAAAAGAGGGGGAGAGGUUCAGGUGGGAAGGCUUGGUGAUUAAGGUAUUAGAAUAGAGUCACAGAUUCAUUCGUUUGAACUCAGGUAAAUGCUGAAGAGAAACCAGAGUUCACCCGUCUUUUCCAGGGAGAGUGAAGAUGGGGAGAGAUAACGGAACCCUGCUCCUCCUCGGGUUUCCAGGGUUGGGCAUGGAUACUUAAUUGUCUUAGUCUGUGAUGCAGGACGGCUGGUUUGGGUACGGGACAGGGCUGGGCUCCGAAAGCCGACCCCAUUCGUUGGUUUCAGGUCUGUUGUGGCCUCACCUUUGACAGGUGGCGUGCUGAGCCCACUUAGUCUUGGAGGGAAAGCUCAAACGGGUAGAAGGCCUUCUUCGAACAGUUGGUUCUCUGGGUUUCCCCAUUUUGCACAUGGGGCUGUGAAUUAAGCUUCAUUGCGUCUUUCAGUAUCCCCAGAGCCAACUUCACACACUUUGGUUGUGCUGUAACUGGGUCCAUGCCGAGCUAGCAAUGGACAGUCGGGCUUCUGGAGCAUCAGUGGCUCACAGAAGUAAUGAAAAGGGGGGCAUCAUGAAAAAAAUGCGGAGGGUGAAGUGAAGUAGAGGAGGGUAAGGCUGGAAAACCAGCGGUCUCAGUGCAGUGAGCCUUAGGUCAUACUGAGCUGUUUGGACUUUUCUAUAAUCAGACUGGAGUCAAUAGAUGAUUUUAAGCUAAGCAGCGACAGAUUCAGACUUGCUUUAAAGAAGCAUCACUUUGACAUUGAUACUGAGUGGAAAUGAGAUAGAAAAAGAGGUGGGGAUUUGAGAUGCUUCCUAAGAACUGUCCAUAGGAUUUGAUGACUUUCACUAAGUGAAGAAGGAAGUGAAAGAGUAGAGAACCACUCAAGUUUUCUUUUUUCUUUUUUUUUUUUGUCUGUGUCAUGCAACAUGCGGGAUCUUAGCUCCCCAGUUCCCCAACCAGGGAUCAAACCCGUCCGUGCCCCCAGCAUUGGGAGGACGGAGUCUUAACUACUGGACCACCAGGGAAGUCCCAAGAACCAGUCAGAUUUUCUAGUGUGUGUGUUUGUAAGGAGGUGCCAAAAUCUAGGUGAGAUACAAGCAAGAGGAGCAGGAACAGGUAGUGAAUGCAGUCAUUUAGGGACAAGUUAAGUUGUGUCACCCCAGGAUUUGGUACGUAGGACCAAGUAAAUUGUACUUGGAAGACCUGAGUGGCCUAUCUUUGGUGUUUUUUUUUAAGUGAAUUUUCUUUUGGAGGUUAUGCAUAUUCAGGAUUUCAGCCACCAAUCUGUUUUUCCCAUUGAAAUGUUGGGUGAUAGGUUCAGGAGAGCAGAUUGGGAGGCUCCUCAUGUUUUACUUAUAGCAGAGACAGAGAGAGAAAACCAGCUGGAAAAGUUUUCUUAAUCCCUCAGGUGAAUGGAAAUUUUCAUUUAAAAAAAUGUGUUCAAGAUACAUAGCUUACCAAUUUCUCUUUUGAGAAUACUGCAGAAUGAUUCAAGCUAUGCUGCAAAUAUUCUGCCUAAAGUAUAAAAUAGCACCGAAUAGUAGUUAAAAUUGCUGUGUGUGAGGUGCUAAGCAUUUAAUUCUUAGAACAAACUAAUUUUACAAAUAAAUUUCUGAACUUAAAUCCCAUACUUUUAUCCUCUCUGGAACCAUACAAGUUUGACUUUGUCCUAUAUAGUGUCCAUUUGUAAGUAGAUUAUAAAUAGAACCAGCCGAAGUUAACAAAUUGGUAUUGUCUAUGAGGAGCUUAAAAAGUUAACACCAGACUUGUUUUUACCCUUUUGGCUGUGGUUCUUAAUGGGGUGAUUCCACCUCCCCACCAACACCACUGGGGGAGGUUGGAGGGACAUUUGGCAACAUUUAGAGACAUGGUCACAACUGAGGGGGGGUGCUGUUGGCAUCUAACAGGUCAGUGAUGCUGCUGAGCAUCCUCUUAAUGCAUAGGGCAGCCCUCACAACAAAAGAAUUAUCUGGUUCAAACUGUCUAUAAUCCUGUGGUUGAGAAACCCUGCUUAUGGAUAUUUCUUUAGGAACAGCAAGUUGAAAUCCACUGAUACUUUUCUAAAAAGUGUUUUUAUUUUUGAAAUUAUUACUUGGCUUGAAAGGUGUGUAAAGUUUAUACAGCAGAACUAGUUUAAAGUGAACCUUUGAGCCCCAGUUUCCUAGGAGGAGGUUGUCAUAGAAUCAUGGAUUCUUAGAUUUGGGAAAGACUUUUGCUUGAAACUGUCUUACAGCAUCCCUGUGAAGUGGUGAUUCACUCUGCUUAAAGUUCUCCUUUAUCUGGUUUUCCUUGUAUUUUAAAUCCAUAUCUAAACUACUGUUAACAGUUACUUUUCCCUUACGCUGAGCUUGUUUCAUAAUUUUGACUUUACUGAACGUAAUUCUACUCCAGGGGAUUUCAAAACACUUGUUACGUGUAUAGUUGGUACUAUGACAGUGUUUAUAUUUUUGUUCUGUUCCAGAUUAUUUACUUUAAUGUAAAAUAGUAUUUUGUUGGCAGCUUUUUAAAAAGUGGCACUGUUUUCAGUUGGUGAUGUAUUCUUGGUAUAGAAAGCAAUAGGAGUGUAUGGGGUUCUUUUGUCCUUGUCUAGUAAUGGAUCCGGGUUUUUUAAAGUAUUUUCUUAGUAUAAUGCUUACAUAUUUGUUUCAAAUUGUGCAUAGACUAAAAACUUAGGUUUUCAAACUCUGGUCAAUAUAUUUAAAUAACACCUCUAUUACAAGUUUUGAUAAAUUUGUUUACAAAUGAGUCUACUGUGAAGACUGGUCCUAUUGCCAGUUUACGCCCUCUUCCCACAGAUUUGCUAGGUUUAUAAAUAAAUUUAGGUAUUUUGUUUUCACUUCAAGAUUACAAUUUCAGAAUAUGUUUAACCUAGGAUGUAUAGUUCUCAAAAUAUGCUUAAUGUAUAUACAUCUUAUAAAAGAGCGUAGCUCUUUUUCAAAGUAAAUAGGAUUUUUAUUUAAUUGUCUAUUGACUUUUUUUUUUCCAGGGUUCAUUGAAAAAUCCUUAGUGAUAUUGACAUGUUUCAAGUGACAUAAAUUAGCCAAUGACUCGGAAUGAUGGAUUCCCCGAAGAUUGGAAAUGGUUUGCCAGUGAUUGGACCAGGGACUGAUAUAGGGAUAUCUUCACUCCACAUGGUGGGGUAUUUGGGAAAAAAUUAUGAUUCAGCUAAAGUCCUGUCAGAUGGGUAUUGCCCUGCUUGUAGGGCGAAGGGAAAGUUAAAAGCCUUAAAGACUUACCGAAUUAGUUUUCAAGAAUCUGUCUUUUUGUGUGAGGAUCUGCAGUGCAUCUAUCCCUUGGGCUCUAAAUCAUUUAAUAACUUAAUUUCUCCUGAUUUGAAAGAUUGCCACACUCCAAAUAAGCCUCAAAAAAGGAAGGUCUUGGAAACCAACUGUAAAGAUUCACCUCUUUUAGCAAAUUCCAAAAAGACUAAAAAUCAUAGUGGUAUUGAUGGUGAACAAGUUUUAAACAGUAAACGUAGUGGAGAAGAAUAUGAUGAAAGCUCAUCAGACUUACCUGGUUUACUACACGGGGGUCAACAGAAGCCAGUUAGGACAGCUGAUUCCAUGGAGCAGAAUGAGAAUUUGAAAGCCGGUUUUGUUGACAUGGCUGCUGAAGAGGAGUCUACUAUGGCUGAUGUUUCUGGAACUGGAGGGACUUCCCCUCAAAAUGAAGGAUGCACAUCUGAACUGGAAAUGCCAUUGGAGAGCAGACGUACCUCAUUUUGCCAGACUUCAUGUGUCCAGUGGAAAAACGCACAUGCUCUCUGUUGGUUAGACUGUAUCCUGUCAGCGUUGGUGCACUUGGAAGGGCUGAAAAGCACUGUGACUGACCUGUGCACUAAAGAGGAGUCUGUGUUUGGUCGGUUGUUUACUAGGUAUAAUGAAGCCAGUGAGCUUCUGCAUACCAGUCAGUUGGAUGGAGUUAAAGAUGGAGAUUGUAAAAAACUUCCUUCUGAAAUAUCUGCAAAGAUAGAGACCUGCCUGAAUGAAGUCAGAGAUGAAAUUUUUAGUAGGCUUCAGCCUCAGCUUAGAUGUACAUUAGGUGAUAUGGAAAGCCCUGUGUUUGCAUUUCCUCUGCUCUUAAAAACAGAACCACACGUCGAAAAGCUCUUCACAUAUUCUUUUUCUUGGAAUUUUGAAUGUUCACACUGUGGACACAAGUAUCAAAACAGAUGUGUGAAGAAUCUGGUCACCUUUACAAAUGUCAUCCCUGAGUGGCACCCAGUGAAUGCUGCCCAUUUUGGUCCAUGUAAUAACUGCAACAAUAAGUCACAAAUAAGGAAAAUGGUGUUAGAAAAAGUCUCUCUCAUAUUCAUAUUGCACUUUGUGGAAGGCUUACCGCAUAAUGACUUGCAGCGCUAUUCAUUUCACUCUGAAGGCUGUCUUUAUCAAAUAACUUCUGUCAUUCAGUACCAAGCAAGUAAUCAUUUUAUAACAUGGAUUUUAGAUGCUGAUGGAAGUUGGCUGGAAUGUGAUGACUUAAAAGGUCCCUGUUCUGAAAGGCAUGAGAAAUUUCAAGUUCCUGCUUCAGAGAUACAUAUUGUUAUCUGGGAAAGAAAAACAUGCCAAAUGACAGAUAAAGCACCACCUGCCGGCUGUCGACUCGAAAAGACUAAAGAUCAACACUCCCUCGGAGAUGAGAAGCAAGUAUCUCCAGCAUUGUGUUCUGUAGAUGACGCUGCCUCAGCUGAAGCGUCCUCAGGAACCCACCCCACGAGUGUGUCAGUCGCUUCUAACACAAUUUCACAGAAUAAAGCCGUAGCUCUUGGACAUUGUUUACUUUCAGGUCCAAAAGAUUUGGUUGACAGCAGUAUUUUACCUUUGACACUCGAAGGGUUACAGGUUAACUCUGAAGGUUUUUUAUUAGAAAACAAACCUGUGGCAGAAAACACAGGGGUUAUCAAAACAAAGACUUUACAAUCGCAGGAGUCACUAAUGGCUUCUUUAAUAUCGGCUCCACACAAGGACAAGCUUACCCAAGACCAGUUUGUGGAUUUAGACUUUUCAUCUCGACUUGUAAAUACCAGUGUGCCGUCAGUACAGCCGAGUACAGAAGGUACGGUAGUUACGCAGCCUGGGGAUGAUAGUCGUGCUCCUGACCUGAUGCAGCGGGUAAAGGCAGUAGAAAUGGAGGGUACAGUUGCCCUAGAGAAGGAUGCUUCUUCGAAACAAUUUCUUUCACCAAAAACUGAGAAAUUAAAACCAGAACAACACGUUACAUCUCAGGUGUCUGAUUUGAAGGAAAAAGAAACUGCAGCAUUUUCUCAAACCUUAACAGCUAAGCCAUCACAGAAUCCAUCUGUGAAAGAAAAUCAGAAGAAACCAUUUGUGGGAAGUUGGGUUAAAGGCUUAUUAAGCAGGGGUGUUUCUUUUAUGCCACCUUGUGUCUCAGCUCAUAAUAGAAACUGUGUGACUGAUUUGCAGCCUUCAGUUAAGGGGGCAAGUAAUUUUGGUGGCUUUAAAACUAAAGGUACAAAACAGAAGGCAAACCGGGCAUCCAGGAAAGCUCAUAGGUGUGCGAGUAAGCCCCCUGCAGUUAGUAACCCUGCACCAAGCCAUCCAUCACCCGUUAGCACAGCUUCUCCUCUACGUGCUAAUGGUAACGGUGAUUCGGAAGUUUUGAAGAAAUGUGAAAACUCAUAUGGAGCUCACCUCAGCCACAGUUCUCAUGUAAAUGAAAAUGAUGUUUCUUCAGCAAACCAUGGAGACCCAGUUGAGGGUCAGGUUCAUAAACUUCGUCUAAAACUUCUUAAAAAACUUAAGGCAAAAAAGAAGAAAUUAGCUGCUCUUAUGUCUUCCCCCCAAAAUGGAGCACUUCCAAGUGGAACUUUAGAGGCUGUGUCCCACUGUGGAUCUCCAAAUGACUGUGAAUCAAUAGAAGACUUGUUAAAAGAACUGCAACAUCAAAUUGAUAUUGCCGAUAAUAAAUCUGGGUGCACCGCAGUUCCUAGUGCUUCCCCAUACACUAGUCAAAGUCAUGAAGAAAUUUUAGCAGAAUUACUGUCCCCUACAACUGUAGUUUCAGCAGAGCUCUCGGAAAAUGGGGAGGGUGACUUUAGGUACUUAGAAAUGGGAGAUAAUCAUAUCCCAGCACCAAGACCUAAUGAAUUAAACAGUACUCCCCAUGACACGCAUCUGAGACAGGACCAUAAUUACUGCAGCCCCACCAAGAAGAAUCAUUGUGAAGUUCAGCCAGACUCACUCACAAGUAAUGCCUACGUCAGAACAUUGAACUCGGAAAGUCCCAUGAAGACUGAUAUUUUUGAUGAGUUUUUUUCUACUUCAGCGUUAAAUUCUUUAGCAAAUGACACAUUAGACUUACCUCAUUUUGAUGAAUAUCUGUUUGAGAAUUGUUGAGUGCUCGUUAACUCUUUUUAGUUUAAGAUUUAUUAUUACUCUUGGAAAAAUUUACUGUGUUUUUAGGUAGUGUAUACACAGUGGCCUUGUCUCGAAAAAGGUGUAAGCUGCUGAAGGUUUUACCUUUGGUUAUGCCCAUAAAGCAUGUGGUCUGUUUCACAAAUUUAAAUGGUAAAGAAUUUGUUCUCCUUGUUGGCUUCACUUUGUAAGAGAAUGAGGAUUUCAAAAUCUUAAAAACCAAAAGUAGUGUGUAGUUUCUGGUAGUUCGUGCAGUUUGGGUACAUUAAAUUUUGACAUUGUAAAUUUUAGUUGGUUCAGGAAAAACACUAGUUGAUGCAAACUUAAGUCAUUGUAUAUGAUAUAUGAACACAUGACUGUUUUGCCAUUGGUUCUGUGGUCUUACUUAAGAGCCAAAGCCUGUUUCCUCUACCAGUAGAGUGGUGUAGAGUGUGAACUUCCCCUCAUACAACUUCUCUUUCUCUCCUUACAAAAGAUGGCGGGAAACUUGUUACUAGAACUUUACAAAAUGUUAAGUGAUCAAAAAAUGAUGUAUAACAGGAAAAAAUAACCUAUUUUUGUGUUCAUGUGCUAAGAGUUUAUGUUGUAUCAUCUUUCUCCCCCAAGACAUUUAUUUCUAUACCCAAAGUGGGACCCCCAUCUAACAGUUAUGUUUUGGGAGAAAUAGCGACUGCAUGUAAGGCUUGCAUAUGUUCGAUUCUGUUACAAAUGAAACAUUAAUUCAUUUAAACCUCAACAUUCCUGUGAGUGAGGUACUCUUAUCACUUUUAACAGAUAAGGAAACAGCACAGAGUGAGUAAGUUGCAGAGCUGGAAUUGAGUAGUGGUUACUACAGGGCUGAACUUAAUAUAUGUUCUACCUCUAGCUCCAUUUAAAGUCCGGGUGCGCGAACAGCACCACUACUGUAGUGAUUUGAAUUAGUAACAGAGUUACUAAGGUUUAAGGGUGGCACUAGGGACUCAGUACUUCAAAACUGAUUUGUCAGAUGUACUCCCAAACCUCCCCUUUUUUUUCUGAUCAUAAAAGACACGCAUGUUUAUUGUAAGGAAAAACUGGGAAAAUACAGGAAAACACCAAGAUGAUUUCGCAGCAUUCAUCUUAACACUUAGUGGUAAAAACUACUGUAAACAUUUUCAUAUUUUCAUGCAUUUUAGACUAAGAAAUAAAUAUGAGAUUCUGUUGUACCUAUUUGUUCAUGAUCUGUGUUAAUGUUUAACGAGCAUUUUCCCAUCUUAGUUUUUGACAACUUUUGGAUAGCUACAUAAUGUUACAUUGUGUGUAUUACCAUUGUUUUACCAAUUUAUAUCUUGAGGUGAUUUGUACUGUUUUGUUAAUUGUUAAUUAUCCUUAUUGAUAAAAAUUUUCACAGAUCCAGGUUUUAUUUUCUGGGAGUGGAAUUGCUGGGUCAAAGAAUAUGCACUUUUUUCUAGUCUUUUCAUGAUUGUUGGAGUGGCUUUGCUGAACCCUCACCAGCACUAGGUAGUAGCAUUGAGGGUGGCGGGGAAACCUUGGCUGGUUUUGGUUACCUUUCCAUGAUUACUAGUGAGGUCGAAUUUUUUUUGUAACUUUAUUGGCCAGUUGAGUUUCUUUGAGGAACUGCUUAUCCACCCUUUACUUGUUACUAAUUAUUCAUUCAAGUAUUUCUAGAUUUCUACUGAGUGCUAAGCACUGUUGUAAACCUCAGAUAUAAGGCAA